CUCCACCGAUCGAGAGGCCCAACACGCGCACGGGGGGACAGAGAGAGAGAGAGAGCAAACCCUACACGUCCAAUGGCGGACUCCGACGGCAGCGACGCACACGCGCCGCCGGCCGUCCACCGCCUCCCGCCGCGACCCGCCCAAGGGGGCGGGGGCGCCGCUGCGGAGGGCUUCGCGGCCGCGCUGCGCCGCCGGCUCAGCUCCGGCGCCGCGGCGGCCGCGCGCGCCAGCUUCGCAGCCGACUCCGGGGACGAGUCCGGCUCCGGCGAGCCCUCCUCCUCCUCGUCCCGCCGCCGCGACUCCGGCGGGGACACCUCGUCCGCUGGUGGUGGCCGCGGAGGGGGCGCAGACUUCGCCUCGUUCACCUUCCGCGCGGCGGCGCCGGUGCACCAUAAGGCCAAGGAGAGUCCCCUGAGCUCCGACGCCAUCUUCAAGCAGAGUCAUGCAGGCCUUUUCAACCUGUGCAUUGUUGUUCUGGUGGCAGUAAACAGCAGGCUUAUUAUCGAGAACUUAAUGAAGUAUGGCUUAUUAAUAAGAGCUGGCUUUUGGUUUAAUGCUAAAUCGUUGCGAGACUGGCCAUUGCUAAUGUGUUGCCUUACUCUACCUGCCUUCCCCCUUGGUGCAUUUGCUGUCGAAAAGCUGGCUUUCAACAAUCUUAUUACUGAUGCUGUUGCUACCUGCCUUCAUGUCAUUCUUACAACGGCUGAAAUUGUAUAUCCAGUGCUUGUGAUCCUUUUGUGUGAUUCUGCAGUUUUGUCAGGCUUUCUGUUGAUGUUUAUUGCCUGCAUUGUUUGGCUGAAGCUUGUAUCUUUUGCACACACAAACCAUGAUAUAAGGAAAUUUAUCACAUGUGGCAAGAAGGUUGACAAUGGACUCAGCACAGCUGACGUUGAUGGUUUACAUGCUCCAACCUUAGGGAGUCUAAUAUACUUCAUGAUGGCGCCAACACUUUGUUAUCAGGCAAGCUAUCCUCGAACUCAAUAUAUUAGAAAAAGUUGGCUAGUUCGUCAAAUUAUUCUGUACUUGAUAUUUACUGGUGUACAAGGAUUCAUUAUUGAACAAUACAUAAAUCCAAUUGUUGUGAACUCUCAACAUCCACUGAAGGGAGGACUAUUGAAUGCUGUAGAGACUGUCUUGAAGCUCUCAUUACCAAAUGUUUACUUGUGGCUUUGCAUGUUCUAUUGCUUUUUCCAUCUAUGGUUAAAUAUACUUGCUGAGAUUCUUCGAUUUGGUGAUCGUGAAUUCUACAAAGACUGGUGGAAUGCAAAAACAAUUGAUGAGUAUUGGAGAAAAUGGAACAUGCCUGUGCAUAAAUGGAUUGUUCGUCAUAUAUACUUUCCUUGCAUGCGAAAUGGUAUAUCAAAGGAAGUUGCUGUUUUUAUAUCAUUCUUUGUUUCUGCUGUACUCCAUGAGCUAUGUGUUGCUGUUCCCUGUCGCAUACUCAAGUUCUGGGCUUUCUUAGGAAUCAUGCUGCAGAUUCCCCUAAUCAUAUUGACAUCAUACCUGAAAAAUAAAUUCAGAGACACAAUGGUUGGAAACAUGAUCUUUUGGUUCUUUUUUUGCAUCUACGGGCAGCCUAUGUGCGUUCUCUUGUAUUACCAUGAUGUGAUGAACAGGAUUGAAAAGACAAGAUAAACUUUCGUAGACCAUUUUUGUAUAGAAUCUGAAGAAGCAAUAAUUUGUAUGGACUCUAUUAAACUUCAUGAUUCGGAUAGCUACGCUGUGGCCUUCUAGUUUUCCGUGGAAAUCCUGUAAUCAUCUCAUUCUGUAUGAUGGCUAACCUCAUCUCACCCUUGUAUCUGUACACAAGCUUAAGUCUGGUGAAGUUCUACAUGUAAAUGUAAUGGCUAAAUCAUUGUUCC